UAGUCUAUAGUGAUCUGUGGUACUAAGAUUUUUGAUUUUUCAAAUUUCAAUUCUCACAUUUUUCAUUUGACGUUUGUUGGUGGUAAAAUGGUUUUCAUCAAAACAAAAUAUUGAUUUUGUGUGUGACUGUGUGUGUCAAUUUUACUCUUUGGUGAUAAGUUCUACGAAAUUACAAUAAAUAAAUAAAUGUAAACUCUCAUUCUAAGACAUUUUCAUAAAAUAAAUUAUACAAAAUAGUAAGCGAAUCGCAUUCGGUGACUCUUGAAACUCUUAUCUCGAGACUAGAAAAGAAAAAGCUGAAAAAGUUCGUACUCGACGUUAGCUGUAGCUGGCGCAGUGCCGCUGCCCGUCUCACAGGCACAGGCACACAAUCGUCAUGGGCAGCCCGGAGUACGUGCAGAUCAAGGAGCUGAAGGCGGGCAUGAAGAACAUCAACGCCGUGUUCAUCGUGCUGGAGGUGGGCGCGCCCACGCUGACCAAGGAGGCGCGCGAGGUGCGCACGCUGCGCGUGGCGGACGCGUCGGCCGCCGUGAACCUGUCGGUGUGGGACGAGCCGGGCGCGCUGCUGCAGCCCGGCGACAUCGUGCGCCUCACGCGCGGCUACGCGGCGCUGUGGCGCGCGGCGCUCACGCUGUACUCGGGCAAGGCGGGCGACCUGCAGAAGGUGGGCGAGUUCUGCAUGCUGUUCAACGAGCAGCUCAACAUGAGCGAGCCGCAGCCCGCGCCGCCCGCGCCGCCGCCCGCGCCCGCGCCCGCGCUCGACAAGCACGCGCACAAGACCUACGUGCGCGGCCGCGGCCCGCAGCGCGCCGCCAGCCGUCGCUAGCCCCCCUAUACAUUCACAAUAAAAAAACAUAUUUUAUUA